UAAUUAUACUUUUCAAAAGUAAUGACAAUACCCAAAUUUUUUUUAAAAGGUUUGGGUUAUUUUAACAUUCAAAACCCAAAACUCCAAUGAUUUUAUAAAAUUAACAAAAAAAAUAAUGAAGAACAACAAUAUUGGUAUGAUCUUAAUGGAUCAAUAUCCGGGAAUUAAUUCCAAAGAUUUUAAGAAAUUUUUAGACGACAGAAAUGUCCCAAUUAUUUUUACAGCGGUAAAUGCACCAUUCUCCAUUGGCCUGAACAAGAGAUUGAAUCAAACGUUAAUAAAAUUAGAUACAAAGUAAAUGAAAAAAAGAACAAAAAGCAGCGUGGACAAUUAUAGCACACAAAUUUGAAAGAAAAUAUAAUGGAACAGACCAUACAGUCACUAAAUUCACCCCAAAAUAUUUAUUAGAGGACACUGAUACCUUAAGGGGUUACACUACCCAGAAAAUUUUUUUUUUUUCAAAAUUUGUUUAUUUGCUUAAAUGAUGUAUAAACUAUUUAAAAAUGACAUUCAAAAAGAAUUUUGGUGGAAAGGCUGUUAUAAAUAAUUUUUUCAGAUUUUUUUCGGAAGCGCCUCUGAGCGCUCCGAAACGUUUGAAAAGGCCGCUCGACCGCGCACAGGAUUAUAAGGGUAUUACAGCUCUGUCGGUAGUUUUAGCAGGUAUAAGUGAAUUAUAGUUCUUCAAAAUAUAUAUAGAUGAUGUAAUAAAUCUCGGAGAUGUCGUAGGACGCCAGAAAAACCGUUAGAACUGGAGUAAACACGUCACAACGAGCAUCGCUUGCUAGUCCGACGUACGCGCUCAUUUUAUUUAGUUUGUGCGUUGUUUUUCAGUGCUUUAUUUAACAAAAUGAGUGAAAAAGUAUAUAACACAAAGAAAGGAAAUAGAACAAGACUAUCUCGGGCCAGUCGGAGCAGAAUUUCUAACAGAAAACCACCCAACCGCCACAGCUUCGAGAGCGACACCGAGGGAGUUUCGAGACUUGCAAAAAAAUUAAAAACAACCCAUGAACAUGAAUUCGAAAUUGACGCAACGUUCGGAUACCGGAUAUUGAACUUUGUUACUGUUUUUGGGAUGCUGUCACAAAUUUUAAAGUGUCAGUGCGGAGGCAGUGUUACUUUUUCGGAAUCAUGCGUGCGUGGUCUUGGAUUCAAGCUCGUUGUGUUGUGUCAAAAGUGCGGAAGUACUUCAAUUGACAGCAGUCCAUUAAUUAAUGGUCAUGCUUACGAUAUUAAUAGACGUGUUACUUUUGCUAUGAGAAUAAUUGGUAUCGGAAGGCAAGGCCGAUUCUUGGUGCUCUUGGCAAAGAGCGAAAGCCUCGCAAACUCUCGAGAUGUACACUCACAAACCAGCUAUGCCCCUCUUGGUUUUCAAUGCUGUACAAAAAAUCUACGAAGAUUUAACAAGAGAAGAACUCCUCUCCCGUUGCCUAGGAGGAUAUACGCAAAAUGCAAACGAAAGUUUGAACUCUGUCGUUUGGUCGAUUGCACCGAAAGCGAUAUCUAGCGGCAAAGCAGUAGUUGAUAUUGCAACCAACGUAGCCGUCAUAACAUAUAAUGGCGGCUUUUCAUCACUGUUAGAUGUAGUAUCAACCCUCGAAUUGAAGAUUAGUCCCGAGUUGCAUAAUUACGCAAUGGAAAUCGACCAACAUCGUGUUCGAGCUGCCAACCGCUCAUCGUCGAUCAACCGAAAAAGCACUCAGAAGGAUCUUACGGCACUCAGGAAGGAGACUGACGAGCUAAAUUCGAAUGUAGAAGGACAGCUAUAUGGAGCUGGGAUAGCAGAGUAAAGAUGGCACACCAGGACUGCAACGGUGCACACCGUUUUUCUCCUACAAAAAAAAUUUUUUUUGUUUUUUAUACUGCCACGACGCCAUUUUGUUAUACAUAUAUAAAUAAAAAAUAUUUUUGAAAACUUUAAUAUAUGUGUAAUAAAGCCCUAAAUUUUUGUUUUGAUCCACCACCUAGAAUUCAAGAAAAAAAUUCACGAAAAAGCUUAUUUUUUUCGACGCGCUUGGGUAGUGUAACCCCUUAACGUUACUAAUUGAGUUUUAAAAAAACGAUCAAACAAAGAUCUAGAACUAGACAGGAAAACCGCUUUAAAAAAUAGUAUAAACUACCACGUUUAUAAUAAAGAGAUAUUUGACAAGAACCGAAGGGGUUACAAAUUUAAUAUAGGAGAAUCAGAGAUUCUUGAAUAUGUCGAGAAUGGGAAUCGCCUGAACAGGAAGAAUCUAGACGAGUUGAAAAUUGGGCUAUAUAAAAUCUUAGAUAGAAUAUCACAUUCAAUAUACAGAGUGGAUACGGAUCAUAAAAAAACAAAAUCAAAUCUAUUUCACAUCACUAAACUGUUUCCAGUUUGAGUCUGCUGACACAGAAGAAGAUAUGAUCACUUUAUUAAAAAAAUAUA